UCCCCACCAAGACAGGGAUCCCUUCUUGCUAAGCACUGCCCCUUCACUUCUUGGAGAAAAAUACCCAGGAUAGCAUUCACUUUGCUAGCACUGCUAUCAAACACCAGCACGGUCACAGCUACAGCACUGAUCAAUGGCAACACCAAAUCCAUUCCAUUGGUUGCUUCAAUCAAUCGUUUAUUUGUCACCGCUUGUGAAAAUGUCCCAUUGAAAGUCCUUGGGUGGACUCGGGCAGGCCAAUGCCAACAAUAGGAACGCCACGGCAACCGGACAGCAAAGCUCCACCUAUGUGCGCACUUGGUGACGGCAUCGCAGAGUCACAGUCAGCCCGUGACCUCACAGUGCGCCGGGUGCCUAUAAAUAGCCAGCGGGCCCAGCCUGCGUUGAGUCUUGCUGGCGACUCUCGAGGUGUGAGCGUCUUCCUGUGGGAGCACGAGACACUGAGACCUUGCCAGUGCGUGAGACAGAGGAGUCUUGCGAGCGAUUUGCGAGUGGAGGCGCAGAGGCUGCCGACUGCUCCGCAAGAGGCAGCCUCCAGCGAAUCCAUCAUCCUUGGGGCUCCAAAUCCAUCCUUGGAGCCCCACAGCGCCAGGGCAGCCGCAGCCAUGAGCCAGGAGGCAGCUCCCAACCCGAGGCGCAAGGCGUGGGUCUGGCCGGUGGAGGCCCGCGAGGAGCGGUGCCCCAUCUGCCUCGACCACAUCGUGGACACCGUCCGCGCUCUGCCCUGCAGGCACAUCUUCUGCAGGGUGUGCAUCCAGCAGUGGACUGCCAACAACCCCAGCUGCCCCCUGUGCCGCCAGAGGAUCUUUGGCAAGCAGCGCCUUGACUGGCGCCCCUCGGCUCAGCCCCCGACCCGCCGGCCCCAGGGAAGGCUGCAGCGCACCAGGGAGCGGCGGGACACGACAUCUGCCCGGAGGUCCCGCAGCGUCCCAGCACGGAGCCCGCCGCGCAGCCGCUCCAGGUCCCCCCGGCGGCUGGUGCGCAGCUCCUCCUGGCACGGGGAGCUCAACCAGCGCAGCCGCUUCGAGGAACCGCCGCGGGAGGACGAAGACCGCGAAUGGCUGAGGCGGGUGGCGCGGGAGCGGCAGAUGGGCGCCGGAGAGCACGCGCGGCACAACGACGGGCCUCGCUUGUGAGCGGGCGGCCCGACCUGAGCCGGGAACCACGAACGGCACGGGGACGGAAAGCGCAGGCGGGGGAGAGGCUGAGGCAUCUCUACUUCACUACGAGGACGGCGCCGGGAUGGCCCUGCUGCCACAGAGAGGGCGCGGGGGCAUCUGGGCACUGUCAAUAAACCCUUUCAUGCACCCUAAAAUGAGCAGUUGUUGCGUCUCUUUCUUUCUGGAAGGUAAACCAUAAGCCUGGAAUCCCAGUGCAAAACAGGGACGGGGAACGAGGAAGAGGUCGGCUGGUGAAACCGUUGACUUCCAGAGCCCUGAGAGCCCCAGCUCUGUGACUGCGUGGCAGCACGCACCAGGGGGGCAGAGGGCUGAGCAGGGCUCUGGCUGCUGCUGCAGCACAGCCCGGCCGUGUGGCAGCUGCACCUGAGGCCGCACGGCCACCAGCGACCAGGGAGGGGCUUUGGCACGGCACUUGGGGAGCGCAGAGCCCACCGUGCUGCUGCU